AUGGGCAUAGAAAGUGUUGUUCCUUCAAACUACUUCACUGGUAGCCCUGAUUGUGGUGUAGAUGGUAAGGAUGAAUGGAGUAGGCAUGUCGUCCUUUCCACUCUCCACUGGUCGAUGCACGCUCUGCAGAAGCCGUGCGAACAACCGGCCAGAGCGUGCAUCGACCAGUGGAGAGUGAAGAGGACAACAUGUCCACUCUGUAGAUCUCCAUUCCAUCUCACCAUCUACACCUCAAUCAGGGCUACCAGGGAGGAAGUUGACUAUUUGAAGGAACAACACUUCCUGUGCCCGUUCAAUGAGGCGCCACAUCACCAAGUGACAUACAGCCCUCGAGUCAUAGAGCAGUUUCUGAACAUCAUGAGGUGCAAUGUACCCAUCGACCAGCUGUUUGCUCCGGAUAAGCUGAUGAGUGCAAUCAACAAAUUUAUGACUACGUCUUCACACGGCGAACUUGAGUUGUCUAAAUAG